GUUUUUGUGAACUAUUUUGGCCCGGUCAAGGAUCCGUAGCUCCAUCCUGACGAAGGGCGGGGCUAAUUGGAGCCGCCUGGGAAAGAAGAUGGCGGGCGUCGUUCGCUGUUCCCGGCUCCCCUGCAGCGGCCUUCUGUCUUCAAGGCCAGGCUAUGGUGUUUCUCUGUCAUCACUGUCUUUUCUUCACCAAGACCGCCAAAUUCAUUACUCAGUGAUUCCUCAUGGAAGGAGUGGCCGCUCCUCUGUCAGUGGCAUCGUGGCAACUGUCUUUGGAGCCACUGGAUUCUUGGGUCGAUAUGUUGUCAAUCGCCUGGGACGCAUUGGUUCCCAAGUUAUCAUCCCACAUCGGUGUGAUCAGUAUGAUCUAAUGUACCUUCGACCCAUGGGUGACCUAGGACAACUUCUUUUUAUGGAGUGGGAUUCUCGUGACAAAGAUUCUACUCGAAGAGCUCUUGAACACAGCAAUGUAGUUAUCAAUCUUGUUGGGAAAGAAUGGGAAACAAGGAACUUCAAGUAUGAAGAUGUCUUUGUUAAUAUACCUAGGCAGAUUGCCCAGCUCUCAAGGGAAGCUGGAGUAGAAAAAUUAAUUCAUCUUUCUCACCUGAAUGCAGACAUGAAAAGUCCUUCAAAAUACCUCAGGAAUAAAGCUGUUGGAGAGAGAGUCGUAAGGCAAGAAUUUCCAGAUGCUGUGAUUUUGAAACCUUCUGAAAUAUUUGGGAGAGAGGAUCGGUUUUUCAACCAUUAUGCAAACAUGCGUUGGUUUGUUGGAGUCCCAAUGAUUGCAUUUGGCAAAAAAACUGUGAAGCAGCCUAUCUAUGUUGUUGAUGUUGCCAAAGCAAUCAUUAGUGCUAUUAAGGACACUGAUGCAAAAGGAAAAACAUACAUAUUAACUGGCCCAAACAGAUACCUACUUUAUGACUUGGUAGAGUAUGUUUAUGCAGUCCUCCAUAGAGCUUUCCUCCCAUAUCCAUUGCCUCGUCCUGUGUAUCAUUUACUUGCAAGAUUCUUUGAGACAACUCCAUUUGAGCCAUGGACAACAAGGGACAAAGUUGACCGGUUCCACAUCACAGACAUGAGAUUCCCUAAUCUUCCUGGAUUGGAGGACUUGGGUGUUGUUCCAACUCCUGUAGAGCAGAAAGCCAUUGAAGUCUUGCGGCGUCAUCGUAAAUAUCGCUGGCUGGAAGCUGAGCUUGAGGAAGCAAAACCAGCUACACCUGUUAGUAACAUGUAAUUAUUGAUUUCUGCAACUUUUCAAGUUGAAGUUACACUGAGAUUACUUGUGUGAAGAAAUCUGUAAUACAAGUUAAUUCCCUAAAUAAAUCAUGUAGCCUUUAUCUUA